AUGCCAGCACACACACCCUCGCCAGGCGACCACUCGGACGAAGAUUCAUCAGUAUUCUGUGCAGUCUAUUCCAACGUUCCCGUCUACGAAACAAUCAAACAUAAUGUGGUUGUGAUGCGCCGUAUUGAAGAUGACCAGCUCAAUGCUACACAGAUCCUUAAACUUGCCGGACUUGCCAAAUCGCAACGAACAAAGGUCUUGGAAAGCCAAGUCCAUAGUGGCGAACACGAGAAAGUUCAGGGAGGUUAUGGUAAAUAUCAAGGCACAUGGGUUCCGUUUGAGACUGGCCGAAAUCUUGCUAUUCAGUUCAAAGUCUACGACUUGAUUGAACCGCUACUUACUUUUACAUCAGGCACAGACCCACUUUACAAACGAGCAUCUUACUCCAAAAUUGAUUCGAAUUUUCUAGAAUUUGAGCCAAGGCGGCGAGGCCGUCCUCGUAAGUUUUUAUCUCCGGAUUUUAAGGAUGCUAUCAUGACCUCUCCAGAAUUACCUCCCAUACAUACAUUGGCAUCAAACUCCAUCUCUAUAUCACCCAGAUCUGUAUUGAAAUCAACACAUGCAUUAAAAUCUAAAUCUCAUUCUGCAUCCGUUUCUACACCAUCAACAGCAUUCGCUACGCCACUAUAUUCUAAAACAGUUACACCACCUAAAUCACAUGUAUCUUCACACAAUGAAACUCGCUCUUCAAGUGCUAGGAAAUCUUGGGGUGCUCCACGCUCUACAGCUACAUCGCUUAGAGCAUCAACGCACAACUCGCUCUCGGUUAAUAUUGACAGUCAUUGGGAAGGCGAUCUUUCAAUGGAUGCAUCAAAUUCAGAGCAACAGCCUGCUCCAACAAAACAUAGUACUGGUCAAAAAUCCCGCAAAUAUGCUGCUGAUUUGUCAAAUACUUCAUCCAUGUCAAGUCCAGAAGAUAUUUUUGGCGGCGAAAGUUCCGACAAUAGUAUAGGAUCCACUGUAGUGUCUUCAUAUUCAAACCAUGAUAGUCCGGAUCAACUCUCUGCGUCAGAUGAUCCUGAUACAGAGCUGUACGAGUCUAAACGCAAAGGCAAUCCCAAGAGACCGAGUCGCCGAACUUCAAAGACUACUUCACGAACCAUUUCACCAGUACAUAGUGAAGCAGCACUUGAACCUACUAAUAUCUCAAAUCUAAUGCUGGCAACACCUGCAGAUCUAUCCAAAUCCGUAGAUAUUGAAAAUGUAUCUUGCCCUACCAAAUCGAAAAGCAAAUACAGAGGCAGGCCCAAUGGAAGUGGUUCAACAAAAAAAUCAAAGGAGUCUCACUAUAGAUCGCAAAAGUCUACCUUGUCGUAUUAUGAAAAUGCCCCACCGGAAAUCAUGGUAAUGCCAGAAACGCCUGUUACUGAAAAUAUUAGUAUAUUGGAAAAUCCUACACUGCCCAGUAAGGAAUCUGUUUCUAGCAUGCAUCAGUGCCUAUCUGAUUUAGAGGAUAUUACAGCUGUACCGAGCCAUGCCUCUCCAGCAGCGCCGCUUAGCCUUACAUUAGACAAUCCACCACUUCACCGACUACUGUUUGACGAAGGAGACUUUUCAGCACCACAGACUGCUCCGUUUGUCGAUCCAAUCGAAUUGGGUGAGGAUUCAGCAAAGCGUUCUCCAAGUACGUUUAUCCCUGCACCUAUUUCCAAAUCUGCACAAGUCGCGACUCCUGCAGAGCGCUGUCGGGAGAUUAUUUUGGGUAUAUAUGUGUAUGGAGACGAUUAUGUCUACGAAACGUUUCAGUAUCUACGGGAUCAGAACAGUCAAACGGGUUAUGAUUUCAACUUGGUUUUGGAUAAUCAAGGAUGCCGAGCCAUCCAUUGGGCAGCAGCAUGUGCUCGAGUCAAGAUGCUGCGUAUGCUGAUUUAUCGCGGAGCCAACACAUGCUUGAGGUCUAAUGGGGGAGAGACUCCACUAAUGCGUGCUGUAGGGUCGCAUAAUAAUUAUACGCUGGAGACGUUUCCAGACAUACUUGGUUUGCUUAUGCCAUCACUGUUUUCUACUGAUAUUUCUGGUCGAACUGUAUUGCACUACAUUUGCUUCGUUGGAGGACAUCGAUCUAAACGUGCACAAGCAAAAUAUUACAUGCACUAUGUACUAAAGUAUAUGUCAUAUGCGCAACCAUGUCUAAAUAUCACGACUGAUUUGAAGAUGGAGAAUCACACAGAGACCAAUUCUGUUGCAGCCAUGAUUGAGGAGUUUGUCAAUGCGCAGGACUCGUUUGGACAAACUGCUCUUCAUGUCGCUGUUAGAUUCCGCAACCAUCGACUCAUUCAGAUGUUGCUGCGUGCUGGUGCUCGACGUGAUAUCUGUGAUAAAAACGGCGAUACCCCACUGGGGAUUGCGGGCAGCAGUUUGAGAACCAUUUUACUUUUGAAUCGCAGCGUUGAAAGACUAUUGGUUCCUGAACUAUAUGACAUUGAUGACUUUUCCGAUGCAGCUACGAGUAUUGCUUCUGUUGAAUCGGACGACGAUAUCUCGACUGCUAAAGAUGGGAUGGCUUCAAAAAACACUGGUCCGUUUGCAUCGGUUAGAAAUUCAUUUUCGUGUGUAUUGAGCCAAAAAGCAUUGGAUGCCAUUACCAGACACGAUGCGGCUCCAACCACAAACAGAUUAGCUUCAUCGCGAUACGAAGUGACGGCUAUAUUAAAGCGUCAAAGUCAACUUGAUGGACUAGUCAAGGUAGCGCAGGAUGUUGGAAGAAAAUGCAGUGCCGUCAUGUAUGCAAGACGGUCAACAGAUAUACCUCUCGGUAUUGAUGCAUUGAAUUCAAUCAAGACUACGGCCAUAUGCCAGGACGGUGUGCCAUCUGAUCCCGCAUCCACACUGCUCUUUUUCCAUCAAGUUGCUUGCACCCAUAUGCAGCCAGCUAUUUCCACUGAGCAGAGCAGUAACAAACGAGGGUUGAAUGCGGAUGAUCCUACUGAGCAUGAUGCCAAGCGGAUCUGUGUACUGCCCAACAAUCCCAUGUACACACUUGUCGAAGGCAUUGAAUCAACCUCGUUUGAGUUUACUAAGCCCUAUCAACCAUGUUUGAUGGGAGAUGAAAAGCAAGCCAAUCCUGAUCAACCAUCAUCCACAUACCAACCCCUGCUAUCAUCUCAAUUGGAAACAGUUGAGCAUUUGCAGAAUCAAGUUGCAGUAUUGCAGAUGCAAUCUGAAAUCCUGCAAACCAAUAACAAUGCAUUGAUCCAGGCAGUACACAAGCUACAUGAACAACGACAUCUCAAAUCCAGUCGAUACAAGACAUUGAUUGCAUGGUGUAUGGGUGUGACGACACAUACAGUGGAUACAGCCAUGCAACAUUUAUCAUCUAAAUAG